CCCAUGAUCUUGCUCUCUUAUCAUCCACAGGAAUGGCACUGAAGUGUAACCUGUGUGUUUCCAAAGGGAACGGGGACCCCUGCACUCCAUCAGUACAGACAUGUCUUUCCCACAUGACGGCCUGUGGAAACAUCACAUUUAGACCUGGUUUAACGGCUCCUCCUACUAUCCGUUCCUGUAUAAGCAUGUCUACCUGCUGGAGCUAUUUGCUCGCUCCAGAAGUGAUGGCUGUGUGCUGCAGGACUGACCUCUGCAACUAAGCCAACAAACCUGUAAUCAGAACCAUUAAAGAAUUAUGCUUUAGCUGAAUUCUGCCUUUCUGUACCCUUGGCAGUGUGAUUAUAUGAAAUUGUAUUGAACACUUAAAGGCUCAGCAGGCAAAUGUAACAACAAAUUGCAACAAAAAUGUUACAAACAGCAAUGAUGAAUAACUUUUUGCAAGCAACAAUAAAAGCAGUCAAG